CGGUUCUCUGUCCCUCUCCAGAACAAGAUGUACGAGCUGCAGAAGGAGAACCUCCUGAUCCGCCACAUCGCUCAAGAUUGCACCUUCAACCUGCAUCUGUUGAAUCUCUCCUGUCCUGUUCAAGUGGCUGCCCUCCAGGAGCAGCUGAAGGCUCUCCAGGUGCGAAUCAAGCUGGACCAGGAUGACUUUGAGCAGAAGACCAAGGCCUUCCAGGAGAAGACCAAGCUGGCCGAGGAAGAGGAGAGGAAGUGCCGCCUCGAGAAGCUGCAGCUGCAGACGCACUCCGAGAAGCACCGGGAGCUGCAGUCGAAAGUGAUGGCCACGUUGGACCCCGUCUACCAGCAGGUGGUCUCCACGGUGGAUCAGGCCCAGCUGAGCCGGUGCUACUCCUCGGACAACAUCCCCCUGCAGGACCGCUGCCUCGACCUCGCCAGGCGCCUCCGGAGCCAGCUUGACAACCUGGCUUGGCAGGUGAACCAGAAGGUGGAGGAGGAGGCCCAGCGGAGCGGGGUCCUGGCCAGCCAGAAGGAGACCUGCGCCCAGAACCUGCAGGAGCGGGACCGCCAGCUCAGCACCCAGCAGGACCGGGCCGAGCGCGAGAAGCUGCAGCUGCGGGAGGCCCACGAGGCCGAGGUCAAGAAGAUGUCGGACGAGCAGCAGAAGCUGGCCCGGGAGAAGGAGGACUUGAAGCUGCAGCUGGAACAGAGCAAGCAAGCCUGCCUCCGGAUGAAGGUGAACACGGCGCCUCCCGCCAACCCGUCCCUGAGGCUCCCCGGAUCGGCUGCCAAUCCCGCCGGCCACUUCCCAACCUUCCUCGGGAACAUCGGAGGCACUGGGCUGAGCCCCAACCUCUUCAGCCAGCAGGGAUCCUGGCGCCUGGGACAACCGAGCGUGGGCGCCCAGGGAAGCCCGAGCAUCCUCACGGACCGAACCCGAUUCCACGAGCCCAAGAAGGACACCCCGCAGAGCGCAAAGCUGCCGAUCCAGCCCCCUUUGAGCCCAGGGGGGCCGCCCAGCGGUUAAAGGGCAGAGAAGAAAACCCCUUGGACACCCAGGCCCAGCAGCUGGAAGCAGGGCCGGUUUGCUUGUCUGCAGAGGCUUGGUGGAGUCCAGAUAUCAAACAGAUCGGGGGGAGAAAGCCAGGAGGGCGGCCCCUGAUGCCCAGCGGCCUUUUCUUGCACCCGUGCCCUCUUCCUUCAAAAUCAGCCCCUCUUCUUUUCUGCCUCUUGCUCCCCCGGAUGACUGGCCUGGUGCUCUCUCUCUCUUUCUCUGGAUUCCCUACCCUACAGGAUUGUUGUUAUUGCGAUUAAAAAGAAUUUUCCAAAUUUGCCACCUGUCUGGGACUCCUGAUGCACUCAUGGGUUGGGAUCCGUGCCCACGUCCCAUGCGUGGCCCUGGCCCACUUAAAAAACAACACACAGAAACCCUUUACCCUUAAACAAAAAGUGUAAAAGAAAUUACAGAUGGGAAAACCGGGUUCCCGUAUUUUUGGAACAAACCGGUGUGUCUGUUUGUGUAUAAAGUUUUUGAGUGAUGCGUAUGUUUAUGCGAUUAUAUAGAAAUAGAUACCUAUAGGCCUCGAUCAGCGAAAGGAGGGGAAGGAGUUUCUCUGGGUGGGUUUCUUGCCUGUCAAAACUGAGCCUCCAUGUUGCAGCACAGUCUACACCCGAAGAACAAAAGUAUCUUUUUCCAUCCAUAGCAGAAUCUCCUUUUUUUUGCAUGUGGCCCCAUGAGAGUUAAGACAAUUCCCUGUGUGUGUAUGUUUUCUGCCUUCCUGGGAGACCUCUGGAAGCUUCUGCCAGGGGAGAACCAUCCUUGACAGGAGAGACUAAUGGUCACACUCCAGAGAUGACCAUUUCUGCAUUUCUCGGAGGCACCCGUCGGCCGCUAACAGAAGCGUGGCUGCAGGGAUCAAGACUCAAAAGUGUUUCCUGGGGAAGAAGAGAACUAAUAAAUGCUGCCUGCAAAUCCA